AUGGGAGACGCUUCCGGUCAAGAUGCUCACACGUCGCACGUACAGCGUCACCCCGACACUGGGAUCACAGCUGUCAUCGUAGGCGGUGGGGUUGGCGGGAUUAUGACUGCGUUAGAGUGCUGGCGAAAGGGCAUCCAAGUGCGCAUCUACGAACGCAGUUCGAAGCCGGAAACCCAAGGAGACUUUUUCUCCAUUGGCCCGAGCGCAUGCAAAGCCUUCGAACAUUGGCCGGUUGCCAAGGAAGAGCACGAGGCCGCAUCCUACGAUUUCUGCCUCUCUUAUCACAAACAAAAUGGCGAGCACAUUUACGGCCCGGUGUCGUUGUCGUCGUUCACGACGACAGACGAGGUUGGUGAAAGCACCACCAACACACCCCGUGUUCACCGCCAUCUUCGUUCCAAAUUUCAAAAGGUACUCUUGAAGCAGCUGAAUGAGAUUGGAGUGUCCAUCCAAUAUAAUCAUCGAGCCGUCAAGUACGACGAAACUCACGACAAAGCGAUUGUCGAGUUCGACAACGGCGUUCGGGUUGAGGCCGACUUGGUCGUCGCCGCUGACGGAAUAGGUACCAAGUCGUUUGAAGUGGUCACACGCAAGGAAGUGCGCGCGCGAAGCAGCGGCUAUGCCAUGUAUCGUACUGCUUACCCGAUAGAGUUUGCUACGGCAGACCCGGAGGUCGACAGCAAGUUUGGGCUCCUCCCUGAUGGGCAGUCAAACUCCCAGAUGUGGGUGGGGCCAGAUAUGCACUUGUUUAUCUCCCGGACUCCAGACAUAUUUUCAUGGAACAUGACCCACAAGGACACAUCUGCAAACUCGGCCGAGACCUGGUAUGGGACUCACUCCAAAUGCACCCCAGCGGACGCGAUCCAGUUCCUUGCAACGACCUUGGGUUCUUGUCCCGAAAUUCUUCGCAAGGUUUUCAAUACCACCCCCGAGGAUCACCUGGUGGACUGGAAACUCCUUUGGCGUGAUCCUGAAUCGGUGUGGACUUCUCCCAAAGGUCGAGUAAUCCAGCUCGGGGAUGCCGCCCAUACUUUUGUCCCCAGUUCGGGAAAUGGGGCUACCCAGGCCAUUGAGGAUGCCAUGUCCCUGGCCAGCUGUUUGGAGAUUGGUGGGAAGAGUAACGUCCCCAUGGCUCUUCGGGUGCACAAUCUGCUCAGGGCCGAACGAGUGUCUUGCUGUCAGCUUGUCGGCUUCAGGAACCAGGCAAAUCGCCAUAACACCAAUUGGGACCUUGUUUUGAAGAAUCCGCAGGCGAUCAAAGAGUCAUAUGACCGCUGGCUGUGGGCGCAUGAUCCAGAGCAGUACGCAUACGAGAAUUAUGGGCUGGCUGUCCAGCACCUGAUCACAGGUGCGCCGUUCAAGAACACUAAUGUUCCACCUGGAUAUGUCUAUAAGGCUUGGAACAUUGACGAGCUGCUAGCCAAGCAAGAAGCCGGAAUCCCGAUCGAGGUGUAAGCGAGGCUGGAGCUGGAGGUCAACCUUGGAGCUGCAGGAGCUGCAGGAGCUGCAUGUAUAGUUGGGACGGUAGCGCGGCUGCAUAAGGAGAAACGUG